GCAGCGGCAGGUCGGAUCACGUUGCUGGCCCUGUGCUGGUACCCGUUUGAGACAGGAUUAAGGAGGGAGGCUCUGGAGGUGCCAGCGGUAGUAAACAAUCGGUGGAAAAGCAAAAAGCCACGUUCACAUUCCUGCACCGUAAUGACGGAUGAACGGAGGGAGUCGCAUUUCCGAGCCAAGGAAGCCCAGGCUGCCCCGCACCCCCAGCCCCCAACCCCCUCCCCCUGCUGACUGUAUCGCCUUUGGGAAGAUGAAUAGCUUGGCCGAAGUUGUUUUUCCUUUCCGGUGGCCCUGAUCAGGUGUCCCCGCCCCCUCGCGCCGGUCGCCUUUCCUCGCCGCCUUCUCCAGACGCCCCCUCCCGGCCCGGCCCUCCUCCCCCGCCCCCCUCCGGGCUGGACCGCGGAUGGUACGUUCCGCACGUGAGCUGGGUGCUGGUCUGGCCGGCGACGCGCGUGCCCUGUGGCCAAACACUGCCUGGAGUGAGAGCAAACUACCAGCGCAGUGGGGCCGGCGCGAGUGUGCGUGUGUGUGCGCGCGUGUGUGUGUGCGAGAGAGCGAGCGAGCGCGGUGGAGCAGGGGGGGGACCAACUGCUUCACACUUUCAACACUGCACUGAAGAGGGAGAGCGAGAGAGACUGGAGACGCACAGAUCCCCCCAAGAUCUCCCAAGCCUGCCGUCCCACAGAUUAUAGAACAGAGCCCAAAAAAUCGAAACAGAGGAGACGGACAGCGGUUGAACAUGGACGAAGGAAUUCCUCAUUUGCAAGAGAGACAGUUACUGGAACAUAGAGAUUUUAUAGGACUGGACUAUUCCUCUUUGUAUAUGUGUAAACCCAAAAGGAGCAUGAAGCGAGACGACAGCAAGGAUACCUACAAAUUACCGCACAGAUUAAUAGAAAAGAAAAGAAGAGACCGAAUUAAUGAAUGCAUUGCUCAGCUGAAAGAUUUACUGCCUGAACAUCUGAAAUUGACAACUCUGGGGCAUCUGGAGAAAGCUGUUGUCUUGGAAUUAACUUUGAAACACUUAAAAGCUUUAACCGCCUUAACCGAGCAGCAGCAUCAGAAGAUAAUUGCUUUACAGAAUGGGGAGCGAUCUCUGAAAUCGCCCAUUCAGUCCGACUUGGAUGCGUUCCACUCGGGAUUUCAAACAUGCGCCAAAGAAGUCUUGCAAUACCUCUCCCGGUUUGAGAGCUGGACACCCAGGGAGCCGCGGUGUGUCCAGCUGAUCAACCACUUGCACGCCGUGGCCACCCAGUUCUUGCCCACCCCGCAGCUGUUGACUCAACAGGUCCCUCUGAGCAAAGGCACCGGCGCGCCCUCGGCCGCCGUCCCCGCCGGGUCGGCAGCCCCCCCCUGCCUGGAGCGCGCAGGGCAGAAGCUGGAGCCCCUCGCCCACUGCGUGCCGGUCAUCCAGCGGACUCAGCCCAGCACCGAGCUCGCCGCGGAGAACGACACGGACACCGACAGCGGCUACGGCGGCGAGGCCGAGGCCCGGCCGGACCGCGAGAAGAGCAAAGGCGCGGGGGCGAGCCGCGUCACCAUCAAGCAGGAGCCCCCCGGGGAGGACUCGCCGGCGCCCAAGAGGAUGAAGCUGGAUUCCCGCGGCGGCGGCGGCGGCCCGGGGGGCGGCGCGGCAGCGGCGGCGGCCGCGCUCCUGGGGCCAGACCCGGCCGCCGCCGCCGCGCUGCUGAGACCCGACGCCGCCCUGCUCAGCUCGCUGGUCGCGUUCGGCGGAGGCGGGGGCGCGCCCUUUGCGCAGCCCGCAGCCGCCGCGGCGCCCUUCUGCCUGCCCUUCUACUUCCUCUCGCCUUCGGCAGCCGCCGCCUACGUGCAGCCCUUCCUGGACAAGAGCGGCCUGGAGAAGUAUCUAUACCCGGCGGCGGCCGCCGCCCCGUUCCCGCUGCUGUACCCCGGCAUCCCCGCCCCGGCCGCUGCCGCUGCUGCCGCCGCCGCCGCUGCCGCCGCCGCCGCCUUCCCCUGCCUGUCCUCGGUGUUGUCGCCCCCUCCCGAGAAAGCGGGAGCCGCCGCCGCGACCCUCCUGCCGCACGAGGUGGUGCCCCCUGGGGCGCUGCACCCCCCGCACCCGCACGGCCGCACCCACCUGCCCUUCGCCGGCCCCCGCGAGCCGGGGAACCCGGAGAGCUCUGCUCAGGAAGAUCCCUCGCAGCCAGGAAAGGAAGCCCCCUGAGUCCUCGCGCCCUUUCUUAGAAAGGAUGGAGGUUCCAGCUGAAUAACGAAUGAAAACACCCUUAACGUUUUUAAGGGAGGAAGUGUAAUAGA